AUGGCAAAAGCUUGUACAAGAAUCAGCUUGGCCAUCCUCUUGAUCCUGCUCAGUUUCUCUGUGUUGUCUUGUGCGGCCCGUACUCGUUUUACUGACGAUAGUGAUGAGCUUGGACCCUACUUCGACACGGUUGAAGUUGAAGUCAAUGUAAUCGAAGAUGACUUCAAUGAAGAUUACAUAUAUGACCUACUUCCAUAUGAAAGGGUGAUCCAUAAGUUUCUCCGUAAAGAUAGAUUCCAUUAA